GACAUAAUCCCGACCUCAUGGGUCGUUUGCACUGAGCCAAUCGGAUACCAGUAGGUCGUUUGGAAAACUCGCUCAAACUUGCUCAACGGCUUUCCAGUACCUUGGGAACGCAUACUGAGGCGAUGCUUGAUACUGGUUUGUGAGUCCAGCGGGUGGAAAACACCAUGUAUAAACGCUCUUCUGCAACGAUUACUUGGACAUUCCGCCAUCAGCUUUUGUUGCCCUUUUGACCCCUGACCUCUUGUUGACAAUGAAGGGCUCCAGGGGGCUCGGUCUCGUCCUGGCGGCCCAGAUCAGCUGCACUGCUGCAAAAGACUUUUAUGGUCGUAUAGCCCAUGGGACAAUCGGCCUUGGCCAAGCACAAUAUGCGCCCGUCACUUGCGCGUAUGCAUGCAGAAGCUCGAUGGGGUCGUGGAUGCUCGAUUGUGGACACGGCGACCACGGCGACGACAGUCACCACGGAGACCACGGCGGCGGCGAUAGCGACAUGUCGUCCGGACAUAUGAUGUCCAUGAUGCCGACACCAGAAUGCUACGCAACCAACGACCCGUUUCUGAUGUCUCUGGCCUGGUGUAUCAAGACUCACUGCCCAGGCGACCUCACAAUCUCGCAGCUCGAAGAGUUCUGGGAGAUGAACGUCGCCGGGCGAAAUGAGGAGCAACCAUUGCCCAAAUACUCAUAUCAGGAUGCACUGGACCGUAUCACCGCCACUCCAACAACCGUUUACAAUUCUAGCCUGGUGCUGAAUGGCACCGAGUUGGUCAGCGAGUAUUUUUAUGCUAUGGUUUACGGGUCUCUUGAAGGCAUCGAGAUAAACAUCGCCCUGGACAACCAAUAUGCUCUUGUCGCGUUACUCACCUGCGGCAUAUCCCCGGUUCUCCUUUCGCUUUUGCGUUUUCUACCACUCCCCCAAUCUUGGGUCAGCAAGUUUUACGCACAUGUCAUUGACCCUCCCGUGUUUGGUACUCGCCAUGCGGUCCCGGCCCUGUUUGGCCUGGGACUCGUCCCCACACGGGGCCAGGCACUGUUUAUCUUCUAUAUAUGGGCUAUCAACAUUAUCCUGUCGGCCGUCGCCUACAGGAUCACCUGGCCAAACCUCUGGUUCACCAGCAUCUCAAACGAGAUGGUGGAAUGGGUUGCCAACCGGACCGGGAUGUUGAGCUUUGCCAACCUGGUUUUGGCCCUUCUCUAUUCAAGCCGCAACAAUCUUCUUCUGCAUGUGACAAGCUGGUCCCGCAACACCUUCAUCCUGAUCCACAGGUGGACUGCGGUCAUCUGCAUCCUCCAGGCCUGCCUCCAUUCGGCGCUCUACUUGCAGAUGUACGAUACCAUGGGCCCGGGCAUGCUCACAACGGAAUCCGCCUAUCCCUAUUGGUACUGGGGUAUCAUUGCCACCUUCUCGUUAGUAUUGAUCCUCCCGGGCUCCGUCCUCCCCGUCCGGCAGCGGGCAUACGAGUUCUUCCUCGACUGGCACCUCCUCUGGGCACUCCUAUCCAUCAUAGGCUGCUUCCUGCACAUCUACUUCCGGUACCACUGGCAAUGGGGCUACGAAAUCUGGGUGGCCGUUGCAUUUGCCGUCUGGGCAUUCGACUGGCUGUUAGCCCGCCCCCUCAGGGUAGCCCGCGCCGGGUUCACGAACCGAGCCUACACCAGCAUCAUCGACGAUGACUACCUCAAAGUCGACAUCCCCGGCGUCGAAGCCAUGGGCCAAGCUUACCUCUAUUUCCCAACCCUAUCCUGGCGCAUCUGGGAAAACCACCCCUUCUCCGCCAUUCCCAUGUCCCACCCAACACAGCACCCCACCCCAGGCACCCCCGGCUCCCAACCAUCCGACGACCUCGAAACCGGCUCCGUCUCCAAACCCACCCCCAGGUCCACAACCUCCCAAACCCCCUCCACCCACCCGCACACCCCAGCAGCAGCAGGAACAUCCUUCUUCAUCCGCCGCCGCAACGGCCUCACAUCCCGUCUCGCCCAGCACACCGAACCCACAGGAGUACCCGUACUCGUCGAGGCAUCCUACGGCAGCGAAGCGAUGUCAGUAGUGCGGUCGCCGGACCCGCGGCCCUCGCUCGCUAGCCCGAACGUCAUAUUCAUCGCGGGCGGCGUGGGCAUCACCGCGCUGCUGCCGCUGCUUGGGCGGUCGCUGCUGGCGCCGCGGGGCAGGUCGAGGCUGUAUUGGGGGGUGCGGUCGGGGGCGUUGGUGAGGGCGGUUGAGAAGGUGGUUGGGUGUGGCGUGGGGGAGAGGGUGUGGGGGGAGGUGGAGGUGGCGGUGGCGGUGGGGGAGCGGUUUGAUGUGACGAGGGUGCUGGAGGAUGAGCUGGUUGGGGAGAAGGGGGUUGAGGGGGGGACGACGGUGGUGGUUUGCGGGCCGCCGGCUAUGUCGGAUGAGGUUAGGCUUGCGGUGGCGGGUUUGGCGAGGCGUGGUGUGCUGGUUAGGUUCAUGGAGGAGCGCUUCUCGGAGUGAAUGGGUUCUGUAGGCUACGAUCAUAAUCGAGUUUGGUCUAUCAGUGGUAGCAGGGUGCC